CGCGCCGCCCACCCAAAGCCACUUUCGGUCUAUGGUGUCCGCAUUGUGUUUUUACAUCUCACGAAGAAUACCUUUUGACUUUGUGCCCCGAGGAGCUCACAGUUUUCAUUUAAACUUCCCCGUGGAGGAACUGAAGAGAUGGAGGUCCAGGCUCUGAUGAACACGAAGCAGGCUAAGAAGAGAAAGAGAAAGCAGCAUCCGCAGCAUUCUGCUGAAAUAGUGUUCACGAAAGGUGAAUCUAUCCAGACUGUGCCCUCUCUCAGCACACUGUUGAAGGGGGUCACAGAGUGCAUCAUUGGUCUUCAGUAUGUGUGGGAGUUCCGCAGCCCCAGUAAAUCUGUCCCACCACACUACCAGUGCAAAAUGUGUGCUGUGUACCGCCUGCAGCACGACAUGGUUGCACACGUGAGAGGCUGGAAACACAGCUUCAGAUACAUGAAAAUGGUUCAUCCUCACAAGGUCAACUGGGAUGAGGGGGAGGCCUUCAAAGACCCUUCUGUAAGGAAGAGCAUUAAAGAGGCUGCUGGUGAGGUGCAGAAAAUGGAGGGAAGGGGACAUGUCAAGGUGAUCCUGAAGGAGCCUUGGGAAGUACCUGCUUUCGAAGGACUCCGUUCUGCUAUUCCUAAAGUUAUGCCUCCACCAGCUCUGCGAAUGGGACUAAAGGCACCACCCUUUGGUCCCAGGUUUUCUGGCCCGGGGUAUCCAGGGGAGUUUCCUCCUCAAGGUGGUCCGCUCCCUGACUACCCAGUGGAAGAUUAUGAGGAGUCCGGUUUUGGAGAGUACUCGACCAGGCAAGAUUUCCCUGCCUCUGAUAUGGAUAUGAGACCUUUCUCAGAUGGUAUGGGCCAUCAUCCAGUUAGGAGUGGCGAUGGUCUUGGACCAGGUGGUGGAAGAGAUGGCUAUGGAAGGAGUGGACAGCUGGAGGAGAGCUCAGGUAGAAUGUAUCCUGACGAGUACAGAGUUGGCCCAAUGGGGAGUAGCUCUAUGGACAGACCAAUGGACAAGCCAAUGGAAAGGCCAGGCUUGAUGGGAGCAGCUCCAGAAAGCAGAAACCCUCCUAGUGCAUUGCUCAGUUACUUGGAUACUUUCCGAAUAGAGAACGAGAGUGAUGCACAGCUGGUGCUGAAGGUUACACAGAAACUAACAGAUGUGCUGAUGGAGUACAGACUGAGGAGCGUAUCAUCGGGUUCCAAUGUGAACAGCUUGUCAAUGAGCUCUUCAAGUUUCUCCUCUACGCCUUCCAGAUUGUCAAGUAGUAGUGACCGAUACUCGAGUAGUCUGUCAGGUCCAACAAGGUAUUCUGAUAUUCAAUCCAGGUAUUACAAAUAACAAUCAGAGGAUGAUGCGACAGCUCACUAACUCCUGUCCAGCGUUUGCAUCAGUCAUUACAUCCAAGAGCUGUUCACUUUGAUAUUCCUGCUUUUAGGCAGUUUUUUUUUUUUCAUGAGUUUUACACAGUUCUGUGCAUGUUUUCCUCAGCUUUAAGUGAUCAAGUCAGUGUAUGACUGUUUCUUCUUUCCUUUCCCCAAGAUCAAGUUUUAAUAAAAGAAAUGUAGAAAGGUG